UACAGGUAAAACAUAUCAAGUAGACAUCCGCCUGGCAGACAAGACAGCAGUAAUUUAAAGAUGAGAUGGCGAGUGGCCGGCGGGAUGGGCGUACCGCUUGCUGCUGCUGUCUUCUUCAUGCUGCCUCUUUUCACAUCGCCUACAGGAGACAUACGACAUCACGGCACAUCUCGAGCGCGCGGUUGGCGCGCCGGCGCUCAGCCCACCACCGAAGUGGCGGCUAACAAUUCUGUCAGCAACAUUACAGCGCAGCUGGGGGGCACUACUUAUCUACACUGCCUUGUAGGGCACCUUAGUGAACGAGGGCAAGUGUCCUGGAUCAGAAAAAGGGAUUGGCACAUUUUGAGCUCGGGGAAGUUUACGUACACCAACGACGAGAGGUUCCAGGUCCUACACGGCUAUGAUGGCGAGGACUGGACGCUACAAAUCAAGUUCGUGCAGAAAAGAGACAACGGCACCUAUGAAUGUCAGGUGUCGACACGAACGGGCAUCGUGUCACACUACGUGCGGCUUCAAAUAGUGGUGCCUGAAGCCUUCAUACUUGGCUCAGGAGAGCAUCACGUUGAUAUGGGCAGCGUCAUACACCUCAUAUGCAUCGUUGAGAAGAGUCCAACACCCCCUCAAUACGUGUUCUGGUACCAUAACGACCGCAUGAUUAACUACGACGCGACGCGCGGCGGCAUCACGGUGGAGACGGAGCCGGGUGCGCGUACGCAGAGCAGGCUCACUGUGCGCGACGCCACGCUGAAGGACUCGGGGAACUAUACGUGCAGCGCGAGCAACACGGAGCCAGCUAGCAUACACGUGUUCGUGUCUGAGGGCAGCAACAAAAUGGCUGCGAUUCUCCGACGGAACGAGAGCGCCAUCACAGGCAUCGCGUCGAGCAUGACGUGCAUGCUGCUGCUUGCGUCCGUGCUGCUGCAGUGCGGCCUGCGAUGACGGAGCGAGGCGCAGGAGUAGGCUACAGUGUCCUUUAGGUUAGACCGAGCGUUGUGGAGUAAGGGGGGUUAGGGUUAGCUAUAGGUUCCAGCAUAGCCCUCUCCCAA